GUGUCAAACGCGUCGCGUACAGAAAUACAAUUACACUAAAAUCGGCGCAGUUUCUCUAAAUCAACUAAAAUAUCACUUCUGCUCCAAUAAUUUCCUUCAACAAAAAUUCACAUUUAACAACCAUCCGCAGCCAACUUUAAAAAUGCAAGAUGAGGUCACAGGUAUCUCGCGGAGCGGGCGAGUGCGGAAGAAGAGCUCCAAGCUCAUGGACUUCGAGUCUCCUGACGACAUCGAGACGCGGUUCCGUCGGCAGACGCCGGUGAAGUCCUAUACGGCGUUCAAACAGGAGGAGCCCGAGUUCCGAGAGGCUCCGCAGCCGAUGGAGGAGGGCGCGGCGUCGGGCAGCGAAUCGGAUUAUUAUGAGAAUAAUGGGGAGAAUGCUGAAAGUAUGGAGUCUGACAGCUCCGCCUCGGACGAGGGUUCAGCUCGGACACCGGCCAACUCUCUGUACAUGAUGGAAAAGAGCAAGAAGAAGCUUAUUAUCAAGGACGGCAAGGUCAUUGGUCGUGCUAAGGCUCAGCGGAAGGAUAAAGGCAAGACGCGUAUCACUGCCUACAUGUUGUGGGCGAAAGAGGCGCGCAACGAACUCUUGCGCAGCCACCCUGAUAUGGACUUUAGCGCCAUUUCUAAGCGGCUGGGAGAAAUGUGGGCCAAUGUGAACUAUAAUGAGCGCUACCUGUGGAAGCGCAAGGCGAAGCGAUUCGCCAUGCAGAAGGAACAGAGCCUUCACUCGGGAGUGAGCAAGAUCAUUUCUAACCCCAGUCCGCGGCCGGCGCACUCGGGCCCGGGCCGGCCGCCGGCGCGCCGCGCGGCGCCGGAGCCGCCGCCGCCCAACAACCAGCUCGUGGCGGUUUCCGGGGCAGCGUCAGGCGGCGCUGGAGUGUACCGCGUGACCGGCGUAGGUGCCGUCGAGGUGGCCGCCCACCUGCGACUCCUGGGCGAGAGUCUGGCCAUCAUUGGCGAGCGCCUCAAGGAGCAUGAGGGCCAGAUAGCCGUGUCCGGGUCGGUGUCGGUGCUGCUGGACACGCUGCUGUGCGCGCUGGCGCCGCUGCUGGGCGUGUGCCGCGCCAUCCCGCAGCUGGCGCCGCCGCCCGCGCUGCUGCAGCGCACGCUCCACAACAUCGCCUACAUCAUGCCUGGACUCUAGAACCCCCUCCCCCCCCUACAACCACAGGCAGACAUCCUCCAGACUGAGCAUAGUAGCGCUACCCCCUCUGCAACAAAUGUACGGUAGUUGUUCGGCCUCUUUCACAAUAUGAAGUUUACUUUUCUCGUUGAUUUGUGAGAAGAAAUAUUUAUGUGUCAGUCAAUAAAGUCAUGUAGUUUUAUAAAUACGUUUUUUGCUUAAAUUCAACAUAAUUUACAAUAAUAUCGUGAACAGUAGUUUUACUCCAUUUUCGAGUCCAAAGUGUCUUUGUGUGACGCCCGGACCAAUCACGGCACGGGACUCGCUCACCUCGUCCCCCGCACCCCUGUAUUUUUGGCCGCAUCGGUUUCAUGGAAUACUCUAAGCUCCGUCUAGAGGAUUCCUAGUCUACGCCUACAACAUAGGGCCUAGUCCAAGCCUACUUUAUGGGUAGCCUACGAAUUGGACAUUGAGCAUAUAAGUCCGUAGACGCCCACGCAUCUCCCAACUUGUCCAAGUUACCCACCACCAUCAUAUCCAGAUCUAUAACAGUCCCCCUGAACUUGUACAAAGUCAGGGCCUUAAUUAACUCCCUAGUUUUCACAUUAUUCCAUUUGCCAAGCCAAAUUAGACGUAACGGUAUCGUCUUGGGUCGUGCCAUUCGUUUUUCGUCAAGUUCUUAAAUUAGUCCUAUUCUGCUUUCGUCUCUCAUUCUACAUUGAAAGCCACCGACGAUUGUGACGAAUGUAUAAUGAGUGACGAAAGCAAAAUAGUACUAAUUUAAGAACUUGACGAAAAACGAAUGGGACGACCCAAGACGAUACCGACGGAGCAGAAAUACGUUGUCAAGCUAUUGUA